UAAGGGGGAGAAAGAGGAGAUGGGGGAGGGUGCAAAGAAGGAGGCGAUUGUUUGAGAGGAUUUUGAGAGUUUAUUAAACAGGGAGAGCCAAGGGGAAGGAGAAAACAGAUCUGGGAAGAGGAAGAAAAAGGAAAAGCUGUGAAGAAAACCAGGAUUCCAAAAGGUAGACCAUAUGAUCCUUUAUUCAGACACAAUGGCUUCCAAAAGGACUCAGUCCUACAUAAUCGUCCCCUUCAUACUGGCCCUGUCCGGCAGUUAUGCAGAAAAACGUCUCGCAGAGGGAAAUGGCACGAAAACCUUGAUCCACCCUCAAGCUUUCGAAGUGUUGGGGCUGGAUCCUGAUGAAGACUACAGCAAUUAUAAGGACCCUACCCCACUACCGACUAACCCUCCACUUUCCACCAAGGUGGGAAAACCCGAACACUGUGACUAUGACCAUUGCCGUGACCAGCAACGGCCUUGUAUGGAGCUCUUAGCCGCCAGUGGGUGCCAGUGCCCUGGGCUGAGCGGCCCACAGGAGGUCCCUGAGGCCCCUUUUCUGAAGCAAGUGGUCCAGCAAGGGUCGGAGGUGGUGGUUAAAUGGUGUGCUCCAGCCUCCACCGUGUCCCAUUACCAGAUUGUGGUGAAGGGUCGAGAGCCCUUGGUGUUUACAGGAAUAUCAAGGAAGGGAGUGCUGAAGGACCUGGAGGCCGGGGCGGAGGUAUGUGUGGAGGCAGUGAAUGCAGCUGGGGUCAGCAGUCCAGUGCGACACUCUUGCGUGACUUACCAGCCGGAGAAAGAUGGCAGCCUGGCCCUGAAGGCUGGGCUCAUAGGAGGAGCGCUGGGGUUGCUGCUCCUCAUCGCCCUGCUCAUCUUCCUGCUCUGGAGAAGAAAGGCUUGUGGGAAAUCUGGAGGCGAGAGCUUCACUCAUGCUACUGAUGGAGCGACUCUCUGAAAGGGCAGAGAGCUGCUUCGCUGUGAGACUGUGAGCGGGGCAGCAGGGACAGCGACGCAAAGACAUGGUGCCCUCAAAGGACUCACAGUCUGCUGUCGCUGGGGACCAGCAUUUCAUGGAAAAAUAUCAAAAGCAUGGGAAAAGCAUGUCUUGGAGUAUUUGUGUGUGUGUGUGUGUGUGUGUGUGUGUGUGUGUGUGGCUGUGUUUGCUUUAAUGUGUAAACAUAAACAUAUUUAUAAUGCUGUUGAACAAGCACUUGGAGAAUGUACCCUGUUAUCUCUCCCCUUCCUGAAAGUCCCCACAGUAACCCCUGAAAAAACCUGCUUCUGUGCACAUGAUUCUGCCACAGGACGUCUUUAGGAGUGAGAAAUCAUGAGGUGUUUGUUUGCGUGUAUCACUGUCUGAGAAUGUGGGUGAGCAAACUAUCACUGUAUAAUCAGAGACUGCCCUUGUUAACAUUAUUAGCCGGAGCCAGGAGAAAGAGCAUCGUGUGUUGGGACUGGUUUAAGGCUGAGGUCCCGCCUCAGUGGAUCAUAAAUUCUGGCACAGAGACAGUUUUAAAUAAAUCAUACAUGAGGCCUCUGUGA